GUUUUUGAAAACUUUCCCAUACUCACACACUCUCGGCCUCUCUCAAAUGAUUUUUCAAUGAUUUCUCGAUUUUGUUAUUGAAAUUAUGAUAUGAUAUAUGUUUGAAUAUGAAUUUGAUUGCAUAUAUAAGCAACUUCGUUUUCUUAUGAUGCUUGGAUUAGUAUGUAGGAUUCAACGGCUGUGAUAUUAAUUUUCAAUACAUUUAUCAAAAAUUUCUAUAACUAUACCUUCCCUUCACAACUCAGAAACUCAACCACUCUCAAUCUGUAAAUGUUGAAAGUUCCAUUUCUAACCAGAAAUGGUGAAACCCUCAUAGCCCUUCUAGAGAAAUGUCAAUCCAUGUCUGAGCUUAAGCAAAUUCAUGCUCUGCUACUCUCCUUUGGCCUCUACCAAGAAGAUGAAUUCUCCUCCAAAAUCUUGUCUUUCUCGGCUCUAUUUGAUUCCGGUAACGCCGAUUACUCCUAUCGCUUUUUAUCAUCUCAACUCUCCAACCCGUCAACAUUUGAUUGGAAUACCGUCAUAAGAGGCUACUCCAAGAGCCGAAAUCCAAACCGGUCUAUAUCGGUUUUCAUCCGAAUGUUGCGAGAUGGGGUCUCACCGGACCAUUUAACAUACCCUUUUCUUGCUAAGGCGACGGCGUCCCUGAUGAAGCGAGAGCUUGGUGUGGCAGUUCAUGCCCACAUUUCCAAACAUGGGUCUCACUAUCAAGGGUGCAAGAAUAUGGAGACGAUAAUAAAGAAAUUUCAGCAGCGAUUCAAGAAGGUGCAGGGUGAAAUGCACUGCUGGGAGGAGCUUCAAUCUCGACUAGUUUCUCAAUUCAGUAAUGCCUCCUCCAUCAUCGACAGAUUGCAGGUGCUCAAGGACGUCAAGAAUUAUGGGAGUUUGAGCUGUGUUAAUGGCAUUGAAGAUGCAGUAUUAAUGAAGCAGCUGCAGUCAUUACAGAAUAUUUUAAUUUCAAUCAAUAAGACAUUGGAAGAGUUUCGUAGUAUUACUUUGUCUAUUGGGAAAAUUUAUCGUGAUGCAAGGCAGUUGAUAGAAGGUGGGUCUAAUAAGCUGAGUGUGAAACAAUUGCAGCUGCAGAUCGGCGUAAAACCCACUCUUGCUUAUUGCUUGGAUGGGCUUAAGCUUCUUCAUGAGAUGCACCAAUCUGAGUACCAUCUUAAAACAUCCCUGGUUUCUGGACUUUCAGUACUUACCUUGAAACCCAAUCCAGGCGAUCUAAUUGCACUCCAGCAACUCUUGGUUGAUCAGCCUAACAUACCGAAAGAGGAAGUUCAAGACAUCUUUGACAUCAUAUUUGCAGAAGAUAUCCCUUGAUUCUGUCUUCCCAGUAAUUCAUUUGAGGUUGCCAACAUCAGUAGUUUUUACAAGUUGGGACAACAGUGGUGUACUUGUUUACUGAUGUGAAGAAGCCAAUUCUCAUGUAUGGGGCCUUAACAAGACCUAUAAUUCUAAAAGAAGACUUGAAUUUUAUUUUAACCGAAGUUCAUCACUCUCCCAAAGGAAAACCUUGUCAUUCUACGUCUACAUUCUAGUUGGUAGAUUUGUAAAUGUCUAAUUUUGAGUUUUUAACUUUGUUUUAUUUUUUUUAACAUUAUUCUACAAGUUCUACACCUAUUUUGAAGUCAUCUCAUAUGUAGUAUAUGCCAUUAUUUGUUUAAUAAUAAUAAAAAAAGCACUACUCAAUAUGGUCGUGGUGCAUUGCUCUGAA